AUUCGAUCUAUGUAUAAUGAAAAAGUUUGCUUCUACUUAACGUCAUACUCUCUCUCUCUUGUCUCCUCCCAUCCCCCAACAGCAGCUCGCUUCCGAUUCUGCUCGCCGCCGCUUCGAUUUCCAUCUCCAUUUUCCCCACAUUCUCACCAAUUCUACCUAAUUCGGGUCAAUUUCAGUUUUAACAUUCAAGCAACUCUUCGCCUAUUCGAAUUCCACUUCAAUUCCUCCUACAUUCUCAUCAAUUUUCACCACAUUUUAAUCAAUUUUUUAGUUAACUCUUCGCCUCUCCGGUUUCGAGUUCAAUUCAAUUCAUCCAACGUUCUCAUCAAUUCUCACCAACUGGACUCAAUUUUGAGUUAAUUCUUCCCAUCCGCAGUGAUGGAGCGGAAGCAAGGUUUUUUCGCGGCUUUGAAGGAGGAAAUGGCGCGUGGACUGUCGCCAUCGCGGUCCAGGAGGGGGCGGAGCCAGUCGCCGUCGCGGUCGGGAUUAAUGCGUCGGAGGAGAGGAAGCAGCGUCGCGCCUCCGGAAAUGUAUGUGCCGAGAUCGAGUAGUGUGAGGCCUGGGGCGGAGGCUCUGUCGCCGCUGAGGGAGGGUCCGGAUCCGAGUGAGCCGGAUUCGGGUGAUCCGAGGGCUGAUAGCUGGGCGAAUUGGCUCUGUAGGGCUCCGACGCUUUCCAGUUCCGGCUCGGGCUGCUCGAAGUCCGAUCUGCGCCUGCUCCUCGGUGUGCUUGGCGCCCCGCUGGCGCCGGUGCACGUUAGCAACAACGAACCUCUGCCGCACCUCUGUAUUAAAGAUACUCCUAUUGAAAGUUCCUCAGCUCAGUACAUUCUGCAGCAAUAUCUGGCAGCAUCUGGGGGCCAUAAGGUUCAAAACUGUAUACGGAAUGCCUACGCAAUGGGAAAGGUGAAGAUGCUGGCAUCCGAUAUCGAGACCGCAAGCAAGGUGAUCAAGACUCGGAAUUCCUCCAAAGCAGUGGAGUCAGGUGGUUUUGUCCUCUGGCAAAUGAAUCCCGAUAUGUGGUAUGUAGAGCUCGCUCUUGGUGGCAGCAAGAUUCACGCUGGUUGCAACGGCAAGCUUGUCUGGCGGCAUACUCCGUGGCUUGGUGCACAUUUAGCCAAAGGGCCUGUCCGGCCUCUUCGCCGUGCCCUACAGGGCCUUGAUCCGAGUACGACGGCCAACAUGUUUGUGAACGCCAGGUGCACAGGGGAGAAGAAGAUCAACGGGGAGGAUUGCUUCAUUCUCAAGCUCUGUGCUGAUCCUCACACGCUGAAAGCUAGGAGCGAAGGGCCUGCGGAGAUCAUAAGGCACGUGCUGUUCGGCUACUUCAGCCAGAAAACGGGACUCCUCGUGCAUCUGGAGGACUCUCACUUGACCCGGAUACAGACCAACGGGGGCGAUGCUGUGUACUGGGAGACUACCAUAAAUUCAGUUCUUGAUGACUAUCGGCCUGUAGAGGGCGUGAUGGUAGCCCACUCUGGCCGGUCCGUGGUGACCCUCUUUAGGUUUGGUGAAACCGCAAUGAGCCACACUAAGACUAGAAUGGAAGAGGUGUGGACGAUUGAGGAAGUAGCGUUUAACGUACCUGGCCUCUCUGGUGACUGCUUCAUUCCACCUGCUGAGCUUAAGCUCGCGUCCAUUGGGGAAUCGUGUGAGCUCCCUCAACAAGGGAGGGCAAAGAACGCUGCAGCAGCAACCGCAUGCAGGGCCAAGGUUGCCGUGCACCCGAGUCUGAUCAGGUAGCUGUUUCUUCUUUUCGCAGAAGCUUUAAGGAUAGUUUUCCUUGGUACAGACUAGACUACAGACUGAAGAAUUGAAGUAGCAAUGAAGGGCCGUCCUCAAAUUCAGAAGUGGAAUUUUACAGUUUAUGCUAUGAAUCUGUAUAUAGAGUCAUAAAUGAGUGUUUUUGUCACUCUCUCUCUCAAUUUCUCAAGAGUUCAGUUGUGGGCUCGUUUUGUUUUUCAGCGGAAUGUGCUGUUGUAAGUGGCUUAAUUUAAUAUCAAGAAUUGUGUUUCUGUUCA